UUUAAGAGCCUCACCCCUGGCCCACAGACUCCGAAGGGGCGUGACCAGCGAGGCCGGAAGAGCAGACGGGACUCUCGGGUCCCAGGAGCAAGCCCUUUGCCUAGGGCGCGGCGGCCGGAGCCCCGGGACGGCGCCAUGGAGGAGGAGGAGGCUCCGACGCCCAUCUGCCGGUUCUACGUGGAGGGGCGCUGCCACUUCGGGGCCCGCUGCCGGCUCGCCCACCCCGGAGCCGAAGCUGGAGCCGCAGCCCGGGCUGAGCCUCAGCCGGGGCCGCCGUCCGGGCCUGAGGGCAAGAAGCCCUCCAUGAAGACCGCCCAGGCCGUGAUCGACCGCAUCCGCUGGGACCCUCACCUGGACCCUGCCGACUUCUCCGUGGGCUACCUGGACCGCUUCCGCGGCGUGCAGGAGGAGCCCUUCACCGCCUUCUGCUGGGACGAGGAGCUGGCCGCGCUCGGCCCCGGGGUGCUGGCCGUGCCCCAGCACCGCAUCCGCUACUUCCUACACCGCGGCCGCCUCGUGUGGGACCGUGCCACCCGCACCGACUUCGUCUUCGGCUCGGCAGCGGGCCGUGGCACCACCAUUCUGGACGGGCUCGCCGCAGCCGGCGCCCCAGGGAUAGAACCCGACACCCCGCGGGAGGACGGCGGGCCAGCGGCAGCAUCCGGCGCCCCGGAGGAGGGGGUCCGGCCAGGGAUGGAGACCGGCGCCCCGGAGGAGAGCGGGCUAGGGAUGGAGACUGGAGCCCCGGAGGAGGGGAGCCGGCCAGGGACGGAGCCCUCAAAGACCUGGGGAAGGACCCCGCACGGCAGCACGGAGCCGGAGCCGGAGCCCAAAGGCAGUCCUGAAGGCCGCCAGGAGCUCCGCCCCACCCAUUUCGUGGCUCUAAUGAUAACUGACCUGGAACUUCGGGAGGCAGUGGCCAGGACUCAGGCUCGACUGAUUGAAGCAGAAGCCUCCAUAGGCAGCAGCCUGGUGGGCCUCGAGACCCUCCACCUCACGUUAGUUUUACUGCGCCUGGCAGGCCCAGGGGAGGUGGCUACAGCUGCCCGGGCACUGAGAUGUCUAGUCCGGGAGCCCAGCUUCCACUACCCAAGGGCGGUUCAUUUCCAGAACCUGGCCUGCUUGGACCACCGUGUCAUCUACUCUGUCCCAAAGCCUGGCCUCCAGGGCUUGGCUCAAGCCCUGGCACAGCAGCUCAAGGCUGAAGGGCUUCAGGUCCUGGAGCCCUCCGGAGAGGAGUUAGCCCCUCACCUCACUUUGGCCAAACUGCCUAAGGGGACCUCUGGGCACUUGUCCCUGCCAGAGGCUGAGGCAGAGCUGGGCAGCCAAUUGGUGGAAGGGUUUCAGCUGUGCUCUGUAGGGAGGCUGCAGGAAGCUGGGGGUUGCUAUUCCGUGUUAGCCCAGGUUCCCCUAGGCCCCUGACCCAGCCCAGGGCCUUGAGCUAAACCUAGCCGUAUCAGCCCUGCAUGCAGGAGGGCAUCCCCCACCUCAAGAGGUGGGCUGCUCUAAACAAAUUGUACCUUCUUCCCUCUCCUUCCAGCCCCAGUGACAGCAGGGGUACAAGCCCUCCCACACCUGGGGAGUGCCCAUUGAGAUGAAGGCUACAAGCUGCAGGGAAGCGGGAAAAGAAAUGACAUCCAGAAAGUGUUUGUUCA